ACGAUAAAUCUUAGGAAUAAUAGCUUCCAUGGUGAAGUCCCUAUGGAAAUUGGCAACCUCUUGCAACUGCAACAUCUUAAUCUCACUUGGAAUUCAUUUACUGGAACCAUUCCUGCUAAUCUGAGUUACUGUAAAGAACUUAGAUCACUUGCUCUAGAAUAUAAUAGUCUGGUUGGUAAAGUUUUACCUGAUCAGUUCAGUUCACUUUCAAAGUUGAAUUAUUUAGGCCUUGGAAGCAACAAUCUAACAGGAGGUAUCCCAUCUUGGAUAGGAAAUUUUUCGACUCUUCGAGGUCUUUCCCUUGCAAUCAACAAUCUACAAGGACCAAUACCUCGAGAUAUUGGACGUUUGUCAAACUUGCAAAUAUUCCAAGUUUAUGGAAAUCAGUUGAAUGGUACAAUUCCUCAAUCUCUUUUCAAUAUAUCCUCUGUUUACUAUUUCUCUGUUACUCAAAACUUGUUGUAUGGAGAGCUUCCAUCAGAUAUAGGCCUUACUCUUCCGAAUCUUGUGGUGUUUGCUGGUGCUGUGAACGAUUUCACUGGACCAAUUCCUGUUUCAUUAUCAAAUGCAACAAAACUUGGUGUACUUGAAUUGUCUCAAAAUAAGCUCACCGGAAAUGUCCCUACGAGUUUAGGACAAUUGCAAGGGUUGUAUAGGAUGAACUUUGAGAUCAAUAGUCUUGGAAGAAACACAAGUGGGGAUUUGAGGUUUCUUGAUUUCCUAGUUAACUGCACAAGUUUGCAAGUUCUUAGCUUUGAGGACAACAUUUUGGGAGGUGAAUUGCCUAAAACAAUCGGUAACCUUUCCACGAGGCUAGAAAUAUUUGCUCUUGGUUAUAAUAUGAUAGUUGGUUCUCUUCCUACAGGACUAGAAAAUCUUGUUAAUUUGACCCUUCUAUCACUGGAUAAUAACUACUUGAGAGGCAGUGUUCCUGAGUCUUUAGGUAAGCUUCGACGCCUGCAAGGACUGCUGUUGAAUGGAAACAAGUUAUCAGGAAGGAUUCCAUCUUCUAUUGGUAACUUAACAUCUUUGUCUACUUUACACAUUGAGGACAAUGAAUUAGAAGGAAACAUACCUCCGGAGCUCGGGCAGUGCAUCCGCUUAUCAAGGCUAAACCUUACAGGAAAUAAUCUUGUUGGUUCCAUACCAAAGGAGCUUGCAGGUCUUUCUUCUCUUUCGAUUUCCUUAGCCUUAGCGAACAAUUCGUUGACCGGUUCCUUGCCAGCUGAAUUUGGAAAGUUGAUAAAUCUCAAGGAAAUGGAUAUUUCACAUAACAAAUUAUCAGGUGAAAUUCCAAGUACUCUAAGUAGCUGUGUCAGCUUAGAGCGCUUCAUAGCGAAUAACAAUCUGUUUCGAGGAGAAAUUCCUGAAUCCUUGCAAGGUUUAAGAGGCUUAGAAGAAAUUGAUUUGUCACACAAUAACAUCUCAGGAGGAAUACCUGAGUUUCUUGGGAAACUUCCAUAUCUUAGGAAGCUUGAUCUUUCAUUCAACGAACUUGAAGGCGAAGUACCAACUGAAGGGAUCUUUGCAAAUGAAACCGCCGUCUCAAUCUCAAGGAAUGAUGAACUAUGUGGAGGUCCUCCAAACUACAAUUUUCCUACAUGCCCUAAACAAAAAGAUGCAUCAUCAAAGAAACACAUUAGUUCAAGGAUAAAAGUAGCAAUUAUUAUUUCGGUUGCAUUUCUAUUUUUACUUUUGUGUUCUUUUGCAGCUUGCUAUAUAGUAAUUAGGAAGUCGAGAAAAAGAGAUCUUACUGGACGGUCCUCAAGAGAAAGGCAGUCUGAUCAUUUUGAUGAUGAAGAACCAACUUUAUUUAAGGAUCCAAUUUUGACAGCAAAGAUAACUUACCAAGAUAUAUUCAAGUCAACCAAUGGAUUUUCUGAGGAUAAUCUAGUCGGUACAGGAAGUUUUGGUUCUGUUUACAGAGGAAAGUUUCAGGUUUUUGAUAAAGUAAUGGCAGUGAAAGUAUUGAACCUUCAACAAAGAGGUGCUUUGAAAAGCUUUUCGGAUGAAUGUAGAGCUUUGAAAAGCAUAAGGCAUCGAAAUCUACUUAAGAUAAUAGCUGUUUGUUCAAGCAUCGAUUACCAAGGUAAUGAUUUCAAAUGCAUAGUCUUUGAGUUCAUGGAAAAUGGAAGCUUAGAUGACUGGCUGCACUCGAAAGGUGAUGAGAAAUACCUCAAUAUCAUCCAAAGACUAAACAUCGCAAUAGAUGCUGCUUCAGCACUUGAUUAUCUCCACAACAAUUGCCAAGUAUCAAUUGUUCACUGUGAUUUAAAACCGAGCAACAUACUCCUUGAUGAAGAGAUGACUGCCCAUGUUGGUGACUUUGGAUUGGCAAAAUUUCUCUUCAAAUCAUCAUGGAACAAACAUACAUCUAUUGCACUAAAGGGUUCUAUUGGUUAUAUCCCACCAGAAUAUGGAUCAGGUGUAAAUGUGUCCACUCUAGGAGAUGUUUAUAGCUUUGGUAUCAUGUUGCUAGAGUUGUUUACCGGUAGAAGGCCAACCGAUGAGAUCUUCAAAGAUGGCCUGAAUAUUCACCAAUAUGUCAAAUCCCAUCUGCCUAGACGUGUCACGGAGAUUGCUGAUGCAUCAUUGCUUUUAGCAUAUGAAGAACACAAUAUAUAUGAGGACAAUGCAAGUGAUUUGGAAGAAAAGGCAAUACUUCAAGAUGAUGAGUAUAUAUCCAAGCUAAACACCAGCACUAUUAUACAAGAAUGCUUGAUCUCAAUCAUGAAAAUAGGACUUUUAUGUAGUAGCUCAUCGCCAAGAGAUCGAAUGCCAAUAAGCAUAGCUUUGAAAGAGAUUCACACAAUCAAGAACUUAUUUCUAGAAUCUAAGAGGAUAAAUAAUAGUAUAGAUAGAUCAGAUGGUAAUAAGCUAAUCAAAUUAUCAUCUUCAGAAUUUUAUUGAUGAAGGCAAAUAUACAUAGAAUUACAACUUUGAAAUAGAUAUUAUUUACAAUUAGUACUAUAGAUAGCCUCACAAAAUGUGAAUUGUAACCAAGAAAUUAAGGGAUAUGAUUGAGUUUUUUUUUUUUUUUUGAGUAAUGGAUGGAGUUCCUUUUUCCAUCCUAUCCCAUUCACCGAUACU